AGGCUACGCUCCCCUUACCUCGCGAGAGGGACCAAGGAACGAAUCGUUGUCGCGGAGUGUACUGUGUUUUGGAAUAGCUGUCGCACGUGUAUACUAUUUUGAGGUUAAAGAUUGAUUAUUUUGACAAACAUUAAUAACAAUUAUUAUUUAUUUAUUUAUUUGUAUAUCUCGCAUAUUUUCACACAAGAGAUUCAAAACGAAAUCUGAUUUCUGAAUUUCGAAGAUAAUUAUCAAUAACGCAAGAUUAACAUCACAAAUGUAUCAUAAAAUGAACGCUCAUAUUUUAUUAAAAUUAUAUUCUAUUAAAUUAUACUCUAUCAAUCGCGUUGAUUUGAACAAAACGCGUAGAUUUUACUGUAACAGAAAUAUAUUAAAGCUUCAUGAAAGGGGCAUGUACGAAGAUAUAUUUCCCAAUACCAAUACGAAUAAAAUAAUAGAUUUAUUAAACAAGUCGCCACAGUGUGUCUAUGCUGGCUUUGAUCCAACAGCAGACAGUUUGCACAUUGGUAAUUUACUUAUCCUGAUGAAUCUCUUGCAUUGGCAAAGAGCGGGACAUCAAGUUAUUGCCCUGGUAGGAGGAGCUACUGGUUUAAUAGGUGAUCCUAGUCAUAGAAAGAAAGAACGAGUUGAAAUGGACAAAUAUUUGAUGGAGGAGAACUUGAAAUCUAUCAUAAAUAAUAUAGAGAUUAUAUUUAAUAAUCAUCAGACUUACUUUUGGAAAAACAGGCAGGAGCAUCUAAAACCGCUGAUUAUAGUAAAUAAUUUGGACUGGUAUACAAACGUGAAUGUCAUCGAGUUUGUCAGAAGCAUCGGGAAAUAUUUUAGAAUGGGCACAAUGUUGGGCAGAGCCUCUGUCCAGUCGCGAUUAAACUCGGACACGGGAAUGAGUUUCACUGAAUUCACUUAUCAAGUAUUCCAAGCGUACGAUUGGUUUCAGUUGAUGAAGAAAUAUAAGUGUCGCUUCCAAAUCGGCGGAAGUGAUCAAAUGGGUAAUAUUAUGUCUGGAUAUGAUCUGAUCACGAAAACUGAAAAGCAAGAGGUUUACGGUAUAACGUUACCGCUCAUAACUGCCGAAGGUGGAAAGAAAUUUGGAAAAUCUCUUUUGAAUGCAGUGUGGUUGUCUUCAACAAAAUCUUCGAGUUUUCAGCUGUAUCAGUAUUUUAUUAGAACUAAAGAUUCUGAUGUUGAAAAAUUCUUAAAAUUGUUUACAUUUAUACCACUAAAUAAAAUUACUGAGAUUAUGAAUGAUCAUAUGAAAAGUUCAGAAGAUAGAAGGGCACAAAAAAUAUUGGCAGAACAAGUUACACUUUUAGUACAUGGAGAGGAUGGAUUGCUGGCUGCAAAGCGCGCGUCCGCAGCAUUGUAUGAUAAAUCAAUUGAAUCUUUUACGAGAAUGAAUGCAUUGGAAUUGGCAGAUGUGUUUGAAGAUGCAACCAUAGUGGACAUUUUGUCCGAGCCAGGACUCACUAUAUAUGAUCUAGCAAGAAAAGCAAAAUGUUUUAAGACUGAUCAUGAUGCGCAACGGAUCAUAACAGCAGGCGGAUUUUAUGUAAAUCAUCAAAAAAUCACUAAUUUAAAUGAGGUGGUUGUACCUGGCAUCCAUAUACUAAGUAACAAUCUAUCUUUAGUUAGAGUUGGCAAAAAAACGUAUCAUAUAAUUCGAUGGCAAUGAUGACAUUACAAAGGAUGCAAAAGAUAUGUACAAAUGUAUAAUAAAUAAAAUUAAUUAUUAAAUUAAAUUUACCACUUAACAAUUAAUAAAUAAAAUACAUUAUUAAAAAGACGUAAUAAUGGUUAUGAAAAGAUGCUGCAAUUUUCUCCUUUGUAUCAUCAUAGAUACAUUAAAUCAUACAUUUAUCAA